UUGUGGUGUUGCUGUUGGUGGCGGUGAUUGCCAGCAACCUGACAAGUUGGCGGUGGCGGUGGUGUGGGCGGCUGGGAAGCUGCGCUCAAUAUUCACGCUGCUCGUUGAGUGUGAGGAGGACGACCAUGUGCUUGCGUCUGCAUGCGAGAUGUUGCAAGUCCUCAGCUCCAGCCAUGCUGGCGCAUUGGCAUUUAGCAACAAUGGAAGCCUCGCGGCCUUAGCCAGCCUGCUGGGACGCACUCACAACCCUCACACCCUGGAGAAGAUCACCGGCACGCUGUGGAACCUGUCGCGCCACGAGUUUCUGAGGGCUGCGCUGGUGGAGCUUUGCCUCCCGGCGCUGGUGGAGCACGUGCUGGUGCCAGAGAGCGGCUGGAGGAGCAACUUUGGAGACUCGCCCGCCUCACCCUCCCCACCCGGCUCGUCCGCCUCGCCUUCCGCGGCGUUCUGCAACGCCUUGACGUGCCUACGGGAGUUGAGCUCGGCAGAUCCGGACGGACGGCUCAGCACGUGGAAGGGCGAGGGGAUGGUGGACUGCGUGCUGCGCUUCGUCCGCUCGGCACUGAGAGGACGCAACAUCGAGACCAAGGCGUCGGACCUCUGGCUGCACGUAGAACUGUCUCCCAUUACUCCAUGCCCCGCCACGGCUCCCCCUCGUCUGCCCCGGGCGGGGGCACGCCGCCAUCACCGCCCGGCGACGAGGUUUGGGCUUCUAACCCUCGAGCCUUCCUCCUUCGGCGGCGGCGGUGGCUGCUGCUGGGGAUUCCUAGCACACCCGUAG